AUGAAGAUGAUAAAGAUGCUUCCUGAAUAUCUCAAUCAUAUCAGUCAGAAACCAUCUUUGUUGAUGAGAAUAUGUGGAUUAUAUCGUGUUUCUGUGAGCAAGGACCAAGUCCCAAAGUUUUUCUUUGUUGCUCUCAGCGUAUUCGACACGGGAGAUCUUGGACUUCACAAACAGUAUGAUGUAAAAGGAAGCACGUAUGGAAGAACUUCCAACCCAAGCGAUUCCGUUCGAAAAGAUAAUGAUUGGAUCAACGAAAAGAUGGAAAUACAUCUACCUGUUGGGCUGAAACGCUCAUUGGGCGUGUUUGUACAGGCAUACGCCUUGGAAGAAGACUCACGUUUCUUGAAGAAACAAAGCGUGUUAGAUUAUUCAAUCCUCAUCGGAAUCCAUGAUCGAGCGUCGAAUGAUGAGGGUGUAAAAUUCAGAGGGGUUAAGCUUUUACAAGGAAUCCUGAGGAAGAAAAUUCUUCCGUUGAUUCGGGCGAUUAAGAACAUGAAAGAAGCAUCCAAACAGGAAGUAAAGCCCAUAUGGUCAGGCCAGGAGAAGAAACCCUGGAAGUUCGCGCAAACGUUCAGUCACAAAGUGUUUGCUGGGACUUCAUCCAUCAAACUAGACGACUUGAAGCCCAAGCCACUGAGGGACCUCGAUGACCUGUCAAGGUUGACACCAAACGGAAUGAACGAGAUCUCCGAAAUGGAGAAUGUUGAAGAUGCAAAUCGUUCCAGCCUGAGCAAUCUCAACAAAUUUCCUAGCCCCCCCCCGUGGCAGGUGCAUACAAACGCUCACCAUGACCUGGAUAUAGAGCUCCCUUCCUUCACUCGAGUUUCUUCCGCCCCUGCGAUGACCCAGCAGCAGAAGGAAGAAAUCGAUUUCGACGAGCUCAAGAAGAGAUUUGUAAUUGAGAAGAAGAAGUUUGCUCAGAACAAAAAAAAUGAAGCAACAAAACCGUCUCAGAGAAAGCUAAGACACAACCUCCUAUCUGUCUUCACUGAUUUCGAGGGAGAAGCGAGAAUAGACAGAUUGAAAGGAUGGGAAGGGCUGCACGGACCAAUCUGCGGAGAUCUAGAAGAAGGAGAGAACGGAAGGUUCAUCUACUUCAUCGGCAUCAUCGACUUCCUGAUUCCAUGGGACUCGCGCAAGAAAGCUGAGUUCUGCGCGAACCUCAUGCUGGGGAAGGGUCUUGCCGGCUCCUGCGUUCCACCCAACACUUAUGCGAAGCGGCAGACGGACUUUGUGAUCUCAAAGAUGCUCGGGUUGUUCGACAUCCGGAGCGCCAACUCGUAUGCCUCCUCCUCCAUGUUCUCUAUUCCUCCCCGCGUGAGCACACCGCUGGACGAGUUCCUGCGGGAAUGGAAGACGAAUGGCAACUACCACGCGUCCUUCGACAGCCGCACGGAAAACGACGGAAGGUGA